GCGCGCAGGCGCAGCAUUCCCUUUCCCCAGUUGCCGCUAAGGUGCUCGGUUCUUCCGAGGAAGCUAAGGCCGCGUUGGGGUGAGGCCCUCACUUCAUCCGGCGACUAGCACCACUCCCGGCAGCGCUUUCCCAGCUUUCGCCUACACCAUGGCCUCCGUCUCGGAGCUUGCCUGCAUCUACUCGGCCCUUAUCCUGCACGACGAUGAGGUGACGGUGACGGAGGAUAAGAUCAAUGCCCUUAUUAAAGCAGCUGGUGUAAAUGUUGAACCUUUCUGGCCAGGCCUGUUUGCAAAGGCUUUGGCCAAUGUUAACAUUGGAAGCCUCAUCUGCAAUGUAGGGGCUGGCGGACCUGCCCCAGCAGCUAGUGCGGCACCUGCAGGAGGUCCUGCCCCCUCAACUGCUGCUGCUCCAGCCGAAGAAAAGAAAGUGGAAGCAAAGAAAGAAGAAUCUGAGGAGUCUGAUGAUGACAUGGGCUUUGGACUAUUUGACUAGACCUCUUUUGUAACACAGUCAAUAAAAAUCUGAACUU